AUGCACCAGAUUAUUUAUUGUGAAGUAAUCCUGGGGAGUGAAGGCUCUCGGUUUAAGCGGUGUUUGUGUUGCGUUGAUUGGCUGGUGCGGUACUGGCGUUCUGGCGGUUCCGCUACCAUGGAAGUCGAUUCGCCUCCUGAAAUUACACACCUCAGGCCUCGUGAUCGAAUCAUACGGAGGCUUGCUCUAUUGGGAGUGCCUGAGGAGUUUCUUGAGCAGUUCCAACGUGGGUUAGUUGCUUUUGUCAAAAAGAACAAGCAACGGAUACCAGAGCUAGUUUCUGCUAUACUACCUGCUGAUGAGGAAGUAGCAGAAGUUCUAAAUGAAGCUAAACCGGGGUCUAAAAAACAAUCAGCAGCAGUAACCAUGAAAAAUCGAUUCCGUGAAAGCAUGGUGUGGUUACAGUGGUUGAUGUUUGAGGGUGAACCUUCUUCAGCCCUGAAGAAUCUCUCCAAAAUGAGUGUUGGGCAGCGUGGUGUUUGCGGAGCUGUUUGGGGGCAGAAUGAUUUAGCAUACAGGUGCCGAACAUGUGAACAUGACCCAACGUGUGCAAUUUGCGUUCCAUGUUUUCAGAAUGGGAAUCACAAGGAUCAUGAUUAUUCUGUUAUUUAUACUGGCGGUGGUUGUUGUGAUUGUGGUGAUGUUACAGCAUGGAAGCGCGAAGGCUUUUGCUCAAAGCAUAAAGGUGCAGAACAGAUACAACCCCUUCCAGAGGAGUUUGCAAACAUUGUGGGGCCUGUUCUUGAUUGCGUCUUCGUUUCUUGGAAAAAUAAGCUACUUCUUGCAGAAACUACCUACCGGGAAACCCCUAGAGCAAGCGACCAUGUGACAGAGCGUAAGAAGGUUGCAAAUGAGUUAACUUUUGUUGUGGUUGAGAUGCUUCUAGACUUCUGCAAAUACAGUGAAAGUUUGCUGAGUUUUGUAUCUAAGAUGAUUUUAUCAUCAGGGGAUUUAUUGGGGAUUCUUGUGAGGGCAGAGAGGUUUCUGACUGAAGCUGUUGUGAAAAAGCUCCAUGAGUUGCUCCUGAAAUUGCUGGGGGAACCUAUUUUCAAGUAUGAGUUCGCCAAAGUAUUUUUGUGUUAUUACCCAGCUGUUGUAAGUGAAGCCAGAAUGGAAUUCAAUGACGUUUCUUUAAAAAAGUAUCCGCUGCUCUCUGUAUUCUCAGUACAAAUCUUCACAGUGCCAACUUUAACACCCCGUCUUGUGAAAGAAAUGAACCUACUGCCUAUGCUGAUGGGAUGCUUGCAAGAUAUUUUCGUUUCCUGUGCUGGUGAUGACGGUCGUUUACAGGUUACCAAGUGGUCAAAUUUGUCUGAGAUCACCGUUCGUGUCAUUGAAGAUAUUCGAUUUGUUAUGAGCCAUGCUGUAGUGCCCAAAUAUUUAACUCAUGACAAGCAAGAUAUUUCAAGAUCUUGGAUGAGACUGUUGACUUUCGUGCAAGGGAUGAAUCCACAAAAAAGGGAAACAGGCAUCCGCAUCGAAGAAGAAAAUGAGAGUAUGCAUCUGCCAUUCGUUCUAGGCCAUUCAAUUGCCAACAUUCAUUCUCUAUUGGUGGAUGGGGCAUUUUCUGUGGCUAGCGACAGGAUGGAUGAAGACUUGCAGGAUAUGGAUGGCAGGGAUAGCCUAAGACAUGCAAAAGUGGGACGGUUGUGCCCGGAAAGUUCUGUAUGCAGUGCAGUGGGGAGGAGUAGUUCAUUUGCAUGUGCAUCGAAGGUUUCGGAAGAUAAAUCAGAUGCUCUUUCUGAUUUUUUGAUUCCACCAUCUGUGAUGUGGCUAACCUAUGAGUGCUUGAGGGCCAUUGAGAAUUGGCUGGGAGUUGAUAAUACCUCCAGGGCUUUUCUUGAUGCAUCUUCUCCAAGUACUAGCAAUUUCUCAGGUAGCAAUUUUUCAGCACUGAAGAAAACAUUAUCCAAGAUCAGGAGAGGCAAUAUAUUUGGUAGACUUGCCAGUUCAAGUGAAGAUCAUGGCAAGCAAUGUUCAUCGCAUUUACAUAGUGAUUGCAAUAUGAGUGUUGACUUCCAGAAUGGUAAAGUUGCAGGCCAGGAAACUAAAUUAAUGGUUCCCGACGAAAUUGAUUCAGUUAAUGCUUGUAGUCCUGCAGGAUUGGAUGAUAGUGUCAUGGAAGUAGAUGGUGCCAUGGACUUAGAUGCUUUACGUGUUCUGAGUUCGUCAGAUUGGCCAGACAUAACAUAUGACAUUAGUUCGCAGGAUAUAUCUAAAGCAUUGAGAAGAUGUUUUGGUGAAGUGCCAGAUUUGGCUAGUGCUACUUCUGCAAAUUCAUCUUCAGCAAUUUUGACUGACUUCUUUGGAAAUUUUCUAGGAGGAUGCCACCCAUAUGGAUUUUCUGCCUUUGUUAUGGAGCAUCCCCUUCGGAUCAAAGUAUUUUGUGCUGAGGUUCAUGCUGGAAUAUGGCGGAAAAAUGGGGAUGCUGCCCUAUUAUCAUGUGAGUGGUAUCGUUCAGUUCGCUGGUCUGAACAGGGUUUGGAGCUUGACCUGUUUCUGCUUCAGUGCUGUGCUGCCUUGGCUCCAGCUGAUCUUUAUGUUAAUAGAAUUGUAAAACGCUUUGGUCUGUCAAGCUACCUUUCUUUGAACCUUGAGCGCUCAAGUGAAUAUGAAGCAGUUCUAGUGCAGGAAAUGCUAACUCUUAUUAUACAAAUAGUCAAAGAAAGGAGAUUUUGUGGGCUAACUAAAGCUGAAAGUUUGAAAAGAGAGUUGAUUCAUAAAUUAGCCAUUGCAGAUGCCACUCAUAGUCAAUUGGUUAAAUCUCUUCCUCGUGAUCUGUCUAAGUUUGAUCAGCUUCCUGAAAUUUUGGAUACUGUUGCGGCAUAUUCCAAUCCCUCAGGCUUUAAUCAGGGGACGUAUUCACUACGAUGGACAUUUUGGAAAGAAAUGGAUUUGUUCUACCCUCGUUGGAACUCAAGGGAUCUGCAAGCUGCAGAAGAAAGAUACUUGCGUUUCCGUAGCGUUUCUGCAUUGACCACUCAGCUACCGAGGUGGACUGAGAUUUAUCCUCCUUUCAAGGGGGUUGCUAGAAUAGCCACUUCUAAAGCAGUCCUUCAAAUUAUCCGUGCAGUGCUGUUUUAUGCUAUUUUUUCUGAUAAAUCAAUUGAUUCGCGAGCUCCUGAUGGUGUUCUUUUAACUGCAUUGCACUUACUCUCAUUAGCAUUAGACAUUUGUUUUCAGCAUAAGGAAUCUGGUGAUCAGUCUUGUUAUGAUGGAGAUGCAAUUCCCAUACUAGCUUUUGCUGGUGAAGAAAUUUAUGAAGGACCGCAUUUUGGCGCUGGCCAACAAAGCUUGUUGUCUCUUCUUGUGAUCUUGAUGAGGAUGCAUAAGAAAGCGAAUUUAGACAAUUGUUUGGAAGCUGGGAGUGACCUCUCUUCUUUAAUUGGAAGCUUAUUGAAGAAGUUUGCAGAGAUUGAUGCGGGAUGUAUGAACAAACUGCAACUACUUGCACCUGAAGUAAUUGGUCAUGUAUUACAAUCUUCUCCAAAUGGUGACACAUAUACCUCGGGUUCAAUUUCUGACUCUGAGAAGCGCAAGGCAAAAGCCAGAGAGAGACAGGCUGCCAUUUUGGAAAAAAUGAGAGCUGAGCAAUCGAAAUUUAUGGCUAGUGUUAAUUCCACUUUGGAUGAUGGCUCAACAUUUGAGCAAGAGGUUUGUAACCCUGACGUUGAAGAUGAUUCAGAAGAGUCUGCAGAAGUUGUUUGCUCACUUUGCCAUGAUCCCAAUUCCAGAAAUCCCAUAUCCUACUUAGUUCUUCUUCAGAAAUCUAGGCUUUUGAAUUUCAUGGACAGAGGUCCCCUUUCAUGGGAACAACCUCGCUGGAUAGACAAGGAGCACAUGUCUAUUAUCAAAGGUGAGGUGACUGAUCAAUCUGAAACAAGCUCUUUGUCAGGUGGUUCAGGGGUGGUACCAUCUUACCCUUUAAAACAGUUGGUUCAGGAUGCAAUCACUGAAUUUGCCUGUCAUGGGCAACGUAGGGAUGUUGAGGCUCUUCUAGAUUUUUUCAAGUGCCGGUUCCAUGAAUUAAAGAAUAUCCAAGUGCCACGUGAAUUAAAUGAUGAAAGUGAAAAGACUUUAUGUACAUUUGAGACAAUGGAAGACGCUAUGUACCUCUCCAUCCAAAAAGAAUUGCAUGAUAAGAUGCGGCAUUCUAAGCUUACAGAGGAUAAGGGAUUUUCAACUCCUGAAGGGGAUCAAGAAAAAACUGAGCAUGCUGAAUUUAUGUUGCUUGGAAAAUAUACAGCUGCUCUUUCUAGAGAGACAACAGAAAAUCCUUCAUCCUCUGAAGGUCCCAAUGAAAGGGUGCCAAUAGAUUCUUCUCGGCUUUCAGCAUAUGAUGGAUUUGGGCCGAUAGAUUGUGAUGGAAUUUAUCUUUCUUCCUGUGGGCAUGCUGUGCAUCAGGGAUGCCUUGAUCGCUAUUUAUCUUCACUGAAGGAAAGGUAUCUCAGAAGAAUUGUUUUUGAAGGAGGACAUAUUGUAGAUCCAGAUAAGGGGGAGUUUCUCUGCCCUGUAUGCCGUCGACUUGCAAAUUCUGUGUUGCCUGCGUUGCCAGGGUUGUUCGAGAAGGUCUCGAAGGAGUCUCUGCAUUCAGGUGUUAGUUCAUCACAUGCUACUGGUCCAUUGGUCAAAUCAGGUGGAGAAAUUAAUUCUCUUCAGCUUCAGCAAGGCUUGGCUCUUGUGCAAUCUGCAGCAAAGGCAUCUGGGAAGGUUGGAAAUCUUAAAGGUUUUCCUCUGCAGAGAUGUGGAAGAAUGACCUCAAACCUUGAAAUUUCUCGUUUGCUCUGUAAGAUGUAUUUUCCGACUAAGCAGGAUAAGUUAUCAGGGUCUGCCAGGGUCAGCCACCCAAUGCUCAUGUGGGACACAAUUAAGUACUCCCUAUUAUCAAUUGAAAUUGCUGCACGUUCUGGCGGGAAAUAUGCAACACCAAGCUAUGACCUUAAUGCAUUGUAUAAGGAACUUGAAUCCUCGAGUAGAUUUGUAUUGUCUUUGUUGCUGAAAGUAGUCCAAAGCAAAAGUAAGAAUUCUCUUCAUGUGCUUCAGAGAUUUAUAGGAAUUCAGAGCUUUGCAGAAUCUAUUUGCUUUGGAGUUUCCAUAGACCAUGGUAGUGAAACAUGUGGACAAGGGGCUAUGUUGCGUAUCUUGGAACAUGUUGAUAUGGCAGUAUCAUAUCCUGAUAUUCAGUUCUGGAAUAGAGCAUCUGAUCCUGUCCUUGCUCGGGAUCCUUUUUCAUCAUUGAUGUGGGUUCUUUUUUGUCUUCCGUAUCGGUUUUUAUCAUGUGAAGAUUCCUUGUUAUCCCUGGUGCACUUAUUCUAUGUUGUCUCUGUAGUUCAGGGUAUAAUUGCAUAUCUUGGGAAAAAUCAAUGCGAUAUGAGUAAAUUAGGUGUUGAUGAUUGUCUGAUUACUGAUGUCUCUAAACUCAUGGGAGAAUCUGGAUGCCCGCAGCAAUAUUUUGUUUCAAACUAUGUUGGCUCUUCUUGUAACAGUAAUAUUAAGAACAUAGUUCGUAGCUUGAGUUUCCCUUAUUUGCGGAGGUGUGCAUUGCUGUUGAAUUUACUAAACUAUAAUGCCCAAGCGCCAUUCUUCGAAAGGUAUAAUGUGUUGGAUAGAUCUCAUGCCAUUGGUGACAUGAUGGAUACCACUUAUGUGGCGCUGGUAGAGCUCAAUGAAGUUCAGGAGAUAGAAAGAAUGUUCAAGAUUCCUACACUUGAUGUUAUUCUUAAGGAUAAAGUGGUGCGUUCAAUGGUUCAGAAAUGGUUCCGUCAUUUUUGCAAGGGGUUUGAAGUCCAAAGAUUUAGAGGAAGCAUACACUGUAAUCCUGCAGUUCCCUUCCAGUUGUUGCGUCUGCCCCAAGUUUACCAGGACCUUUUGCAGAGGUAUAUUAAACAGCGUUGUCCUGAUUGCAAAUCCAUCCUUGAGGACCCCGCAUUGUGCCUGCUUUGUGGGAGAUUAUGCUCUCCAAGCUGGAAGACAUGCUGCCGGGAAAGUGGAUGCCAAACUCAUGCAUUGGCCUGUGGUUCUGGUACUGGGGUAUUUCUGUUGAUCAGGAGGACAACAAUUCUGCUACAAAGAUGUGCGCGGCAAGCUCCCUGGCCAUCACCGUACUUGGAUGCUUUUGGGGAAGAGGAUGUUGAAAUGCAAAGAGGAAAGCCGCUGUACUUGAAUGACGAACGCUAUGCAGCUUUAACUUAUUUGGUUGCUUCUCAUGGUCUUGAUCGAAGUUCCAAGGUUCUUGGGCAAACUACCAUUGGUUCUUUCUUCAUGGUUUAG